AUGAAAGGUGCGAAAUUCUCGAGUCAGUGCCUCAGUAAUACAGACUGUCCUGAGAAUGCCGAGUGUAUGAUCCGGGGUUGUGAUGGCAGUAUAUGUCUUUGUAACCUCAACUACAUACCUACAGACGACUACUCAAGGUGCAUCAGAGUUGCUGAAUUGGGUGAAAAAUGCAGUGAGACAAGCCGGUGCCGGGGGAUCAGAACUCGGUGUGCUGACAAUGGUACUUGUCAGUGUCAGAGCGGUUACACCCCUUCUGGUUCAUACAAGAGCAGAACAUUAUGUAAAAAGGUGCUAACGGACGGGUCGUACGCCCUACUAGGGGAGAGGUGUGAUCUUCGUGCGAUCACGUGCGAGGAAACGGAUACCCAGUGUGUCAACGGCACGUGCAUUUGUAAAGAGAACUUCCGUACAGCUACACAAGAAGAGAAAAAUGCUUAUCCUUUUAAUUUCUUUCAGUGCGUCAAGAAAGACUUUAAAUUGAGGUAUCAGUAUGGUACCCCGAUUGUCACGGGUAUCCAUAGUAACAUAGCCACUAGUAUGGUAACUGUCAUGCCUACUAGUGUUAUAAUGAGCCAAUCGAAUCAUCUAAUGACUUCGUCCGUAGUUUUGCAACCCACAUCCUCGGCCAACCAUAAUCCGUCUCCUUCAAGUUCCUCUCCGGGAACAACUGUUCUUUCUACAACACCAAAAGUUGAGGUGAUCGGCAACGAGUGUUUCAAGGGCCAUAUUUGUCCUCCAAAUUCCAUGUGUGAACCUGACCUUUGUGGGAAACAUAGAUGUCGCUGUUCCUCAGGCUACAUCGUCCACAAUGGCGGGACAGAGUGCAUACCACUUUCCUCCCUUGGGUCGGCUUGCGAGUCUGAUGUGCAGUGUAUUGGACCGAACACAAAAUGUCAUAAUGGCGCAUGCACUUGUGAAUCAAAUUAUAUACUUAACAACGACAAAAAACGUUGCAAAAGGGACACCACCUGGUUUGUGGCCUUCCCGCUUCUUCAUGGGAAAUGUAAAAACUUCUUUGCGGAUUGCUACAAUGACUUUGAACAAGAGUGCUCUGCCGGAAGAUGCAAAUGUAGAUAUGGAUUAAGGGAAGCUACUCUUGGUGACAUUUACACUAAACAUAAGAGCUUCGCACAGUGCCGAAACUCCACACUCCCAACAGACUACCGUCCUUCCGCUAGUUGUGACGGAGAUUUGAUACAAAUAGAACCUGAUCCAACAUUGGAAGACGCACAUCGAAAAAUCAACGUUAUGAAGGGAGCUGUCAUCGGAGGUAUAUGUGGAUUUGUGAUCCUCCUAGCGUCGGCCAUAGCAACUAUACUACUGGUGCGGCACAAACGAAGGACGAAGAUUCGCCACAUUAGGACAGACACAACAUCACUGAAUUCCUUUGAUCGACGGUCAAGCGGAAAGUACUCAUUCCGACUCCCUCGACCUUUUGCAUUUGAUCUUGGCAAAGACAAAGAGUGGGAGGCAGAGCAUCUGUCUGUCCAUAAUUCUGAGUUUGAACCAACCACAGACAGUGACACUGUUCUUACUUUAAAGGACUCCGAUAGUCCACCAAUGAAUGGGACGUUUUCAAAUCCAGUUGACGUAUCAGACAUUCCUUCUGUACAUGGAUCAAGAUGAUACUAAAUGCCAUUACACAUUCACAAUUCUACACAGACUGUGGGCCUGAAGAUAAACAUUGGCUGCUACCAGCUUUUAACUUCCAUGAUAAAGACAAUCUCCACGUUCUCAGCAAGUGACUGGUCCAUGAAUUAUAACUUCGAAGCGUUUUCCGUUUUAUAUUUAGUUAUUAUGAUUCGGCAAAAAUACUUCCUUCCAGUAUCUAUGUGUUUUUGUCACAUCGACACAUGUUUUAUUUGGAGAAAAGUCAUGUAUCAAAAUCGGUAUGUUUCUGUAUAUUUAUCUACGAGAUAUCGACUUAAACAUUAAUGAUGUCAAGAUCAUAAAAUAAUGUGUCCAUAAAAACCUUACUGAUUGAAUAAACAAUCAAAAUUUGAAUAGCUGGUCAUCUGACCAGUUCUAUACAAAGGUAAAGGACAAAAGGCUAGAGGCGUACCGAAUUUGUCCAUAUUUAUAUAUCUGCAUUAUGAACGGGUAUACAAUAUUAUGUAAUAUAUUUAUAUUUAUAUUU